UAAUGCCUAGCGCACGUCUCGGGUCGGAAGAGAGGAGCCGCCAUUUGCAGUACUUUCAUCCUUGUAGUGACUGCCUUUUAAAUGGAGCCGAAUAGGCCUUAAACUGCGGGGACCGACACAGUUUUAACGUUUCUCCGCUACUUACAACCUCUAGAACCUUUUUAGAUGAGGCUGGUGUAACAGAACGUCAGAUCUGUGGUCGAUUUCCCCUCUGUUUGGAAGGACGUCGGAUUUGGCCCAGCCCUCGAACUCUACUCAGUGAGCCCAACAGAGAAGGCCAGGCUUGUCCACCAAACAGGAUAAAAUACUUUUGUCGACGCUCAACUUUUAAUCUGGCUGAGUUUUCCGAACCCCUGGAAAUAACUAUGAGUUCCUCGCCUAGCAGCGACCAGGUCUCACAAGGAAUACAGCAGGUUAACUUACGACUGAUCCUGGUCAGUGGAAAGACACAUGAAUUCCAGUUCUCCCCCAACGACUCGGCAGCGGACAUCGCUAAACACGUUUAUGAAAACUGGCCUACUGACUGGGACGAUGAGAAAGUCAGCACACACAGCAUACUUCGUCUAAUAUAUCAGGGCAGAUUCCUGCACGGAAAUGUCACACUUGGAGCCUUACAGCUACCGGUAGGAAAGACAACAGUGAUGCAUUUGGUGGCAAGAGAGAAUUUACCAGAGCCCAACUCACAAGGUCAGAGAAAAAGUGGGAAGACAGAGGAGAGUAACUGUUGUGUCCUGUUGUGAGUGGCUGUGGACUGAGGACACGGGGAGACACGGGGGGAGAGAGAGACAUCAUCAGCACAAGAUGAUCCAUUUUUCACAUCAACCCUAUAAAUAUUGUCAGAUUUCCACUAGUCAUUUUAACCUCUUAUUAAAUGUGUUGCUUCAAACCCACCAUGAUCGACCCAUCUUUGUAACUGUACAACAAAAGAAUUACAGUUGUAAAAGCUACAACUAAAUAUCCUUAAAAGCUCUUAUAUUUAUAUACAUAAACGUCUCAAAAUUAUAUUCAGCAAAAUCAAAGGAAACUCAAGAGUUUGAAAGAGUAAAAAGAAAGUUUAUUGUUGACUUGGUCCAGUAAGCACAACAAAAAGUUUUUAUCCGAACAUGUAACUUUACUUCUAAAUGUGAUGCUGCAUGGCAUCCAUGGAAUGCUUUGCCUCUGGUUAACAAUGACACGAAAUUAAAACCCUGUAAGCAUAGAUUCUUUACUGUGUUUAGUUGGUUGAGAGAAAGUUCACAAAACAAUACAACUAACUUACCAAGACUAUGCAAAACAGCACACUUCCUUUGAAGGGGACUGUGGUAGAGAUGGACCCUUAGGACAUCUUAGAAGAAAUAAGGUUUUACCAGAGAUUUCUGAAUUGAAGGAAUUGCACGUUUUGUGUGAAUGACUCAAGCACUGGUUAUUGCAGGGAAAGUGCUUAUACUUACUAACGAACAUCUUCUAUCAAAGUUAAUAUUUUGCUGGGCUAAGGACAGGUAUAAGCUUUGUGUCACUUGGAUGAAAAUGAAGGUACCUUCAUGGUUUUAUUUGUACAAAAUGUCACUUUUACUGGCCUUGAUUGUUGAGUGAGAAGAUACCUCUCUGUCUCAAAUUGGGUUGAUAACUGGUGGUUUUGAAGCAGCACAAAAGAUAUAUAGAUAUCAAACUUCCCCAGAUAAAGACUUAUCAGCUGGAAUCUGAGAUAAUACCCACUAUUUUAGGUACAAUUUUAUGGCAUGACCUAACAUGUAAAUGAAUUAAACAGAACUAUACAUGUUAAUCACUGGGGAGCCUUCUAAGACUAGCAUGUGGCGAGGUUAAGUGCUUUGUUGCCACAGAAACAAAAUUGUAUGUAUGUAUCUAUGUAGAAGCAUUACCAAAAAAGAAGAAGAAGAGAGGUAAGGCUGCAAGGUUGGCACAGAUUGAAGCCAUGAACUAGAUAUAAUUUCCGUGGCAACAAGCACCAGGUGUUGUAGGUUGCGUCAGUAGUAUGCUAAGACAGAAUGGUAACCGUGUGCAUCUGUGGAGCCCACUUGUUGAGAUGAGCUCAGCUUUCAUGGGGCUGUUCUUACCCAGGCAACCAAUGGUAUAGUCCAAAUUGGGGCGUGUCCCUUGGCAACCAGUGAGCACGAAUGAUAUGCACAGACUUGCACCUAUGUGCUUUAGACCAUAUGCCGCACGGAUAUAAGAUAAUUUUCAGAGACGUUGUGAGAAACCAGUUAUCUUCGCACAAAAGCAGGAACAAAAAAAAAGCUCUGUACAUUUCAUGAGAUUUUGAUAGGAAAUAAUAAUGUUGAUUGAAGAUAUACAACAUGCAGUGGGGUAAGCCUUAUGUAAACCCCUUAUAUGUCUUAACAAAAGCUUCAUAGAUUUUUGAUCAGUGAACAAGUACAAUGUAUUCAGCAGCAAUGUAUAUUAUCUCUAUAUGUUAUGAGCUAGGUAUGUUUUUGGUCUAACAUUUCUUGAAUUUGCUUAGCUGUCAAAAGUGACCUCAAGGUAGUUUACUGCUGUUUGUAGCUUUUCACUUAAUAUAUAUGUAACUCUAUAUGUAAUUGUUAGCUUAGGUUUUUAUUUGUAUCCUCGGAAUUGUAAAUAUGAUUUCAAUUCACAUACAGUAAUUCCCGCUACGACAAAGGGUGAAGACCUUGGGGAGCAUUUAUACAGAGAAAAGCCAUGAAACCCAACAGUUACAGAUGUCAGAUUGGUUAUAUUAUACAUUAAAAGGAAAGAAGAUCAUUUGUUUACUAAAAUCUAAACAUUGUACAUUGAUACAAAGGAGGUAAAGGUUAUUAAUAGGAGGAAAGAUCACCCUUGAAAUAGUUAAAAGAUGGUCUUGUGAGGUGAUCGCACUGGGUAGUUAUGAUAAGGUCUCAUGUAUGCAAUGUAGCAUUGUAAACGUGCAGGCCUGCUGGUAAUGUGGGGCAAAUGAUGUGUGCUGUAGCAUAUUGCACAUAAGGAUAACAAGGAAAAUCAUAACAGGCUGGUAACUCAGAAUAAAGUGUGAGAAGCG